AUGCCGAUAGCACAACCGAUCCAACCAAACAUAACACUUCAGUCUCAACCACUACAUCAUUACAAUAAACCACCACUCGUCAUAAUCCUAACCGUGAUCCUCCUCGUCGUCUUCUUCAUAGGUUUCUUCACUCUCUAUUUCUGCAAAUACUUCUUCCACAGUCUCACACAAGCUUGGAAUCGCCACUACCGCAACGGAUCACCAGAAAACCAAAUCCAAUCACAACAAGAAACCGCCGGUCAACCACCACCUAACCCCGGUUUAGAGCCAAGAAUCAUCCAAUCCUUCCCGUUAUUUCCAUUCUCAUCAGUCAAAGAUCUCCGAGAAGACAAACACGGGCUCGAAUGCGCAAUUUGUCUUCUCGAAUUCGAAGAAGAACACAUCCUUCUCCGUCUCUUAACCACGUGUUACCAUGUUUUCCACCAAGAAUGCAUCGAUCGAUGGCUCGAAUCCAACAAAACAUGCCCUGUUUGUCGCCGGAAUCUAGAUCCAAACGCGCCUGAAAACAUCAAAGAGCUGAUCAUCGAAGUCAUACACGAGAGUCGAGACGAUAACCGAGAUCAAACGACAACAUCGUCGAACGAGGUUCUGUUGUCGAGACAGAGUAGUACUCGUAGUGGUAACAACAACGAGAGAAAGGUUGAAUCUUUACCGGAUAAAUUCUCGAGAUCGAAGACGACGGGUCAUUCGAUAGUGAGGAAUAAACCGGAGGAAGAAGAUCGGUAUACUUUGAGAUUACCGGAUCAUGUUAAGAUUAAGGUUACAAGAAGAAAUAACAAUACUCAAACAGAGAGUUGUAUUUCUUUUGGUGAGCUUAUGAGAAACAGAGGAGGCCGGUUUGGUGAAGUCUCUGGUCAAUCACUUGUACUGGAUUCAGAAAAUUAGUGAAGAUUUUUUACAAAUUUUUUUAAUUAUUAAAAUUAGUUCGUUUUG